CCCUCUGCGUCAGCUGUUGCUCACUGCGCCGCGCCAGUGUCAGGCAGGACUUGCCCGCAGCUCCAUGCCUGUUUUCGGCUUGGCACAUCCACCCUCAGAGAACCAGCCCAUGCCGCUCCUAGCCCCCACUGAGCUUCGCCCUGAAGGAUGUCCCAGCUCUCCUCCACCCUGAAGCGCUACACAGAUACCCCUUAUGCAAAGUCCAGCUAUGGGACCUACACCCCUUCCUCCUAUGGAGCCAACUUGGCUGCAUCCUUCUUGGAAAAGGAGAAACUCAGCUUCAAGCCAGCACAUCCCUCUGGAUUUCUCAACACCCGUCCCCGUAUGUAUGGCCCUGCCUCCAUCCUGGACUAUGACCGAGGCCGUCCCAUGCUGAGGUCUGAGGUCGGAGGUGGCAAAAGAGGAGAGAGCCAAAGUAGGAUCAGUGAGCGGCCUUCUGGGAGCGGACUCAAUGGAGGCAGCAACUUGCCUUAUGGAAUGCCCAGUAACUCUCUCAACUACCUGCCUGUAAAUUCCCGGGACCAGGUAAUGCCCCUGACCCAGAAGAAGUCUAACAGUCACUCAGACCUGGCCCGAGAUUUCUCUGGCCUUCGGACCACAGACAGCUAUAGAAUGGAUCCUGGGCCAGGGCGGAGCCCAAUGCUUGCCCGGACCCGAAAGGAGUUGUGUGCCCUACAGGGGCUAUACCAGGCGGCCAGUCGAUCAGAGUACCUGUCGGACUACUUGGAGAACUAUGGGCGCAAGGGCGGUGCCAGCCAGGGGCCAGCCCCAAGAGCCCUGGAGGCCCUCAGCCCCACCUACCAACCAACUGGCCGCUAUAGCCUGUGGGAAAAGGGCAAGGGCUCCAACCCUUCCACCUCCUCAGGGCGGGAUGUUAUGACCUCCAAGAGCACCCAGGGUCUGGCUGGUCUUCGAAACCUUGGGAACACGUGCUUCAUGAACUCAAUCCUGCAGUGCCUGAGCAACACCCGGGAGCUGAGAGAUUAUUGCCUCCAGAGGCUCUACCUCCGUGACCUCAACAGCAGCAGCCAUGCACAUACAGCCCUUAUGGAGGAAUUCGCAAAACUGAUCCAGACCAUAUGGACUUCGUCAGCUAAUGAUGUGGUGAGCCCAUCAGAGUUCAAGACCCAGAUCCAGAGAUUUGCACCCCGAUUCGUUGGCUAUAAUCAGCAGGAUGCUCAGGAGUUCCUUCGUUUUCUUCUGGAUGGACUCCACAAUGAGGUGAACCGGGUCACAGUACGGCCUAAGUCCAACCCUGACCACCUCGAUCAUCUUCCAGAUGAGGAGAAAGGGCGACAAAUGUGGAGGAAAUAUCUGGAAAGGGAAGACAGUCGAAUUGGGGAUCUCUUUGUUGGGCAGCUCAAGAGCUCCCUGACAUGUACCGAGUGUGGUUAUUGCUCUACCGUCUUUGACCCCUUCUGGGACCUCUCCCUACCCAUUGCUAAGCGGGGCUAUCCUGAGGUAACCUUGAUGGACUGCAUGAGGCUCUUCACCAAAGAGGAUGUGCUUGAUGGAGAUGAGAAGCCAACAUGCUGUCGCUGCAGAGCCAGAAAAAGGUGUACAAAGAAAUUCUCCAUCCAGAAGUUCCCAAAGAUCUUGGUGCUCCAUCUAAAGCGAUUCUCAGAAUCCAGGAUACGAACCAGCAAACUCACAACAUUUGUGAACUUCCCACUGAGAGACCUGGACUUGAGAGAAUUUGCCUCAGAGAACACCAACCACGCUGUUUACAACCUGUAUGCUGUGUCCAAUCACUCUGGAACCACCAUGGGCGGCCACUAUACUGCCUAUUGUCGGAGUCCAGUGACAGGAGAAUGGCACACUUUUAAUGACUCCAGCGUCACACCCAUGUCCUCCAGCCAAGUGCGAAGCAGCGAUGCCUAUUUGCUCUUUUACGAACUGGCCAGUCCACCCUCCCGUAUGUAGCGGCAGGGGCGCCACAGUCCACCUCCCCAUCCCUGUGGCAGCCCCACAUCCUAAGUUUUUUUUAAAAGGACAAAAAAAAGAAACUGCAAAUGAAAGCGAAAGAGAGAGAGUAAUAAACUAAAAUAAAGCUGCCGAGCAGGAGUUUAUACAGCCUGGUCAGGGGCCGGGAGAGAGGAGCUGGGCGUUCCCAAGGUUCACCCAGACCUGGCUGGGAGAAGGCAGGAGGAUGCGGAGACUGGAGUCACCAAGGCACUCCCUGGGCUUCUCGUGUUUUCUUUUUUUAAAUUUGUGUUUUCCAUGUGUGUAAUAAAUAACAGCAGUUGUGGGGAGAAAGCCCUUAUCCAUUUGCUGCUGUCUCCAGCCUCCAACUCCACCUGAGGAGACCGAGACCUCGCCCUCAGGAGCCUGACUAGGAGGACUGUGCCUGGCCACGCUGGCUCUGCAGAGAGGAGACCCCAUCCUGGACCACCAGCCUACCGAAGUCACAACGUGAGCCACGAGGCCUCCUGACGCUGCUAACUCCAGAGGAACUGAUUGUGGGAUAUUUUUUUUUGAAACAAGCAGUUUUUGUUUUUAAAAGCCCAAUUUUCUUUUUUCUUUCUUUUUGUUUUUCAAACAACUACAAGCAGAGUUCUCAGACUGGAGAUGUUCUCCCAUAUGCCUCUGCAGCUGGGGAGUUGUGUUGGUUUUAUUUUUUAACUUGUCAAGCACAACUUUUUCUAACAAUAGCCCCCAGUGGUGCUAGGCAGGCAUGUCAGCAGGGCCCCAGGGCACAGCCAUUAUAGAACUGGCAUCUAACAAGUUUCUUUUUUUUUUUUGAGCUUUUUGGAUGGAUCCUAGUUGCCUCUGAGAAUUGUGCCUUACAGCAUUUGGGGACUAGGGGAAUGCCCUUCCCAGAUAUAUCCCUCUGCCUUGUUUUCCCUUCCCCCAGUGCCAUGCUCAACCUUGCUGGGGGAAUAGGAACUAUGUCCUUAUACCACUGACUUACUUCACAGUGCAGUGAGAUGAAGAAGCAAGUAGGUGAGGAGAACAUCUCUCAUGACAAGGUGUCUGAUUCUCCCUGCCCACUUCCUCCAAUCAAUCUAUGGUUCCACUUCCUAGGCAUUUAAAGGACAGUACAAACCAUUUCCCUGGCACCUUUCCCAGUUUUUCUUUUAAUUUAUUCCCUUCCUCCCUUCCAUUCCCUCCUUCCCUCAGAGCUUCUCAGACAUAGGCCCCUUGGACUGAGUUUCUCAGGGACACCCAUGCUGCCCCUUUGGCUCCUUUCGGCAUUAGUCUUUAGUACCAUCCUGAGAGCCACAGCCAUGAGUGCUUUGGGACAUGCUGCCUCAGCCUUUAGUGUUUCUCCCCAACAAGGGCCUGGUUCUGCCCUUAGAUAGAUGGACACAACUCCACUGGGUCUCUGGAAAGGAAGAUUAUUCAGCCCCAAGGAACUGAGCUCCAUGGGUCCUCCCCACCAGCAGACCCAGGAUCAACUUGUGCUCCUCAGAUUGAGGCAGGCACUCCAGUGCAUUAAGGGGAAGACCCCAUAGGUUUAUCUGGCCUGACCCCCUUCUCCAGGGGAGACCUGUAAACCUGAGCCAAGGGGCUGGUGUACACUUGCUUACUGUGUAAGCAAGAGUAAAACAGAAUGUCUAAUGUACAGUGGAACCUUGUACAGAAUAAAUUUUAGCUUUGAGAAAAAAAAAUGGCCUUUCUUUGUAAGU